UUGCUUCCUUUUAGACAUGCUUCUUCUUCACACACCACAUCAUUCCCCGACCUUUCAUCAUUGUCUACCUCGUCAACUAAUCAAUCUAUUGUUAUUGAUUUCAAAAAGAAAAUUGACUUAUUGAAGCUACAGCUCCAACAACGAGAAAAAGAAAUUGAAAAGCAAAAAUGGGAGAACGAUGAGCAUGCUAUCGCGCGUUCAAAGACUGUCGCCGAGCUACAGUUCAUGCAGAUGAAGUCUAAUGCUUUGAAAGCUGUUUGUGAGGAUCUGACAAAAUGGAUUGAAUCUAAUGAGGUCAUAGAGAAGGAAAGAUUAGAGGAAAUUGACAUCUUCUACAAGAACAAUAUCAAAACUUUGACACUUAACUGUAAUAAACUAAAACAUGAGAAGACAUGUUUGCAUGAAAAGCUGAACAAAGCAACUCUUAAGAUAACAACUCUCUUGAAUGAUUUGGAUUAUCAGAAGACUGAUAGAAAGUCGUUGUUGAAACAACUUCAAGAACUACAAGCACAACACGAAGAACUUCAGAAGUCGGAAGCUGAUUUGAAAAUAAAGUUCGCACGGUUAUCCUCAGACUAUCAAGCAAUUCAGAAAUCAAAGUCAACCAAAAACAGCCAAGAGAGGGAAACUCUGCUUCAGAAUCAAACAAACCAAUUAGAGAAAGCUCGGAGAAUUCAUGAAGAUCGAGAGAGAGAGUAUGGGAUAACGUUAUCGCGUCUACAGAAUGAAAUAGAUUAUCUGAAAUCAGAAAUCCAAAGGAAAGACAUGUCCUGCAAACGAAUGACGGAAAUAUCUGAUAAUAUCACUUUGGAAAAUAAAAUUUUGUUUGAAUCAAAUGCCGAUCAGAAAAUCCGAUAUGACCGAGAGAUGAACGAACUCCGAUCAGCUUUGAGCUCACUGAAGAAGAAAUGUCAAAAAGAUGAGACAGAAAGGAAAAGUUUGUUGGAAAAGAUAAAAAUUUUAAAUGAAAAUAGUUCGCAGCAUGAUGAAAAGUUUUCGAAGCAAGUAUCGUGUGAACGUCAGGCAACUGCUGAUUUGAUCAAUGCUCAACAACAAAUAAUAACUCUGAAGAAGCAGAUUUCAGAAUUGAAGCGAAUCAAAGAACUCUCAUCAACUGAUGUUCGAGCGAAUUUGACAGAGAAAUCUCUUCGAAUCAUUCAAGCUGAGAAACAGUUGACUGAGGAAAGUGUGGAAGACGUCUCAUUUGAAGACGAAGAAGAAGAGCUGUCAGAUGUAUCCUUUGAAGACGAUGAUGAAGACGACUUCACUCCUCAAGUUAGAUCAUUCCCUAAGGUUAAACUUCCUUCUAAUGAACCACAAACUCCAUUGACGGAAGCAGUGUUCCAGUUACCAUCAACGAAAGCGAAGGAACCUCUGAAAUUUUUCGCAGAAGCUGAAUCACCUGUAACGAAUGCUGUUUUUAGUCUUCCAACCGCUAUUUCGAACAAAAUCACAUUACCUUAUUCCAAUGAUUAUGAUGACGAAUACUCAGAUGAAGAAUACAGUGAUGAAGAAUACGAGGAUGAAGAAUACGACUCGGAACCAAUUGGAGACCUCAUUCCACCCAAACAAAAUGCUACCACUAUUGAAAAGCCAGAAUCCAAACAGGAUGUUAAAGCAGUGGCUAAGAAAGAUGAUGAAGAUGAGGAGCUCCCGGCAGAGCUGGUGGGCGAACCGGAUAAGAAGAAUGUACAGAUGAGUUUGAAAGACCCUAAACAAACUGCUAAGCCUGAUCCUAAAGCUGCUACCAAGCCCGAUCCCAAAAAUGCUGCUAAGCCGGAUCCUAAGACUGCAGCUAAAGUUGAUCCCAAAGUGGCAGCUAAGCCAGAUCCCAAGACCGCUGCCAAGACCGCUGCCAAGCCCGAUCCCAAAGUUGCUACUAAGCCAGACCCUAAAGCAUCCGCUAAGCCUGAUCCCAAAGUGGCAACUAAGCCAGAUCCUAAGACCGCUGCCAAGCCUGAUCCUAAGAUUGCUGCCAAGCCCGAUCCCAAAGAUCCUAAGACUGCAGCUAAAGUUGAUCCCAAAGUGGCAGCUAAGCCAGAUCCUAAGACCGCUGCCAAGCCCGAUCCUAAGACCGUUGCUAAGCCGGAUCCUAAGACCGCUGCCAAGCCCGAUCCUAAGACCGCUGCCAAGCCUGAUCCUAAGAUUGCUGCCAAGCCCGAUCCCAAAGUUGCUGCUAAACCAGACCCUAAAGCAUCCGCUAAGCCAGAUCCUAAAACUGCAGCUAAGCCCACUAGUAAAAAGCCUAUGGAAGAUGAAGAACUUCCUGCUGAUUUGGUAGCAGGCCCAGAUAAGAAGGACCCGAAGAUGAGCUUGAAGGAUCCUAAGACUGCAACUAAACCUGAUCCCAAAGUGGCAACUAAGCCAGAUCCUAAGACCGCUGCUAAGCCUGAUCCUAAGAAAGCAGUCCCAGCUAAGCCUACGAGUAAGAAACCUACCGAAGAUGAAGAACUUCCUGCUGAUUUGGUAGCAGGCCCAGAUAAGAAGGACCCGAAGAUGAGCUUGAAGGAUCCUAAGACUGCAACUAAACCUGAUCCCAAAGUGGCAACUAAGCCAGAUCCUAAGACCGCUGCUAAGCCUGAUCCUAAGAAAGCAGUCCCAGCUAAGCCUACGAGUAAGAAACCUACCGAAGAUGAAGAACUUCCUGCUGAUUUGGUAGCAGGCCCAGAUAAGAAGGACCCGAAGAUGAGCUUGAAGGAUCCUAAGACUGCAACUAAACCUGAUCCCAAAGUGGCAACUAAGCCAGAUCCUAAGACCGCUGCUAAGCCUGAUCCUAAGAAAGCAGUCCCAGCUAAGCCUACGAGUAAGAAACCUACCGAAGAUGAAGAACUUCCUGCUGAUUUGGUAGCAGGCCCAGAUAAGAAGGACCCGAAGAUGAGCUUGAAGGAUCCUAAGACUGCAACUAAACCUGAUCCCAAAGUGGCAACUAAGCCAGAUCCUAAGACCGCUGCUAAGCCUGAUCCUAAGAAAGCAGUCCCAGCUAAGCCUACGAGUAAGAAACCUACCGAAGAUGAAGAACUUCCUGCUGAUUUGGUAGCAGGCCCAGAUAAGAAGGACCCGAAGAUGAGCUUGAAGGAUCCUAAGACUGCAACUAAACCUGAUCCCAAAGUGGCAACUAAGCCAGAUCCUAAGACCGCUGCUAAGCCUGAUCCUAAGAAAGCAGUCCCAGCUAAGCCUACGAGUAAGAAACCUACCGAAGAUGAAGAACUUCCUGCUGAUUUGGUAGCAGGCCCAGAUAAGAAGGACCCGAAGAUGAGCUUGAAGGAUCCUAAGACUGCAACUAAACCUGAUCCCAAAGUGGCAACUAAGCCAGAUCCUAAGACCGCUGCUAAGCCUGAUCCUAAGAAAGCAGUCCCAGCUAAGCCUACGAGUAAGAAACCUACCGAAGAUGAAGAACUUCCUGCUGAUUUGGUAGCAGGCCCAGAUAAGAAGGACCCGAAGAUGAGCUUGAAGGAUCCUAAGACUGCAACUAAACCUGAUCCCAAAGUGGCAACUAAGCCAGAUCCUAAGACCGCUGCUAAGCCUGAUCCUAAGAAAGCAGUCCCAGCUAAGCCUACGAGUAAGAAACCUACCGAAGAUGAAGAACUUCCUGCUGAUUUGGUAGCAGGCCCAGAUAAGAAGGACCCGAAGAUGAGCUUGAAGGAUCCUAAGACUGCAACUAAACCUGAUCCCAAAGUGGCAACUAAGCCAGAUCCUAAGACCGCUGCUAAGCCUGAUCCUAAGAAAGCAGUCCCAGCUAAGCCUACGAGUAAGAAACCUACCGAAGAUGAAGAACUUCCUGCUGAUUUGGUAGCAGGCCCAGAUAAGAAGGACCCGAAGAUGAGCUUGAAGGAUCCUAAGACUGCAACUAAACCUGAUCCCAAAGUGGCAACUAAGCCAGAUCCUAAGACCGCUGCUAAGCCUGAUCCUAAGAAAGCAGUCCCAGCUAAGCCUACGAGUAAGAAACCUACCGAAGAUGAAGAACUUCCUGCUGAUUUGGUAGCAGGCCCAGAUAAGAAGGACCCGAAGAUGAGCUUGAAGGAUCCUAAGACUGCAACUAAACCUGAUCCCAAAGUGGCAACUAAGCCAGAUCCUAAGACCGCUGCUAAGCCUGAUCCUAAGAAAGCAGUCCCAGCUAAGCCUACGAGUAAGAAACCUACCGAAGAUGAAGAACUUCCUGCUGAUUUGGUAGCAGGCCCAGAUAAGAAGGACCCGAAGAUGAGCUUGAAGGAUCCUAAGACUGCAACUAAACCUGAUCCCAAAGUGGCAACUAAGCCAGAUCCUAAGACCGCUGCUAAGCCUGAUCCUAAGAAAGCAGUCCCAGCUAAGCCUACGAGUAAGAAACCUACCGAAGAUGAAGAACUUCCUGCUGAUUUGGUAGCAGGCCCAGAUAAGAAGGACCCGAAGAUGAGCUUGAAGGAUCCUAAGACUGCAACUAAACCUGAUCCCAAAGUGGCAACUAAGCCAGAUCCUAAGACCGCUGCUAAGCCUGAUCCUAAGAAAGCAGUCCCAGCUAAGCCUACGAGUAAGAAACCUACCGAAGAUGAAGAACUUCCUGCUGAUUUGGUAGCAGGCCCAGAUAAGAAGGACCCGAAGAUGAGCUUGAAGGAUCCUAAGACUGCAACUAAACCUGAUCCCAAAGUGGCAACUAAGCCAGAUCCUAAGACCGCUGCUAAGCCUGAUCCUAAGAAAGCAGUCCCAGCUAAGCCUACGAGUAAGAAACCUACCGAAGAUGAAGAACUUCCUGCUGAUUUGGUAGCAGGCCCAGAUAAGAAGGACCCGAAGAUGAGCUUGAAGGAUCCUAAGACUGCAACUAAACCUGAUCCCAAAGUGGCAACUAAGCCAGAUCCUAAGACCGCUGCUAAGCCUGAUCCUAAGAAAGCAGUCCCAGCUAAGCCUACGAGUAAGAAACCUACCGAAGAUGAAGAACUUCCUGCUGAUUUGGUAGCAGGCCCAGAUAAGAAGGACCCGAAGAUGAGCUUGAAGGAUCCUAAGACUGCAACUAAACCUGAUCCCAAAGUGGCAACUAAGCCAGAUCCUAAGACCGCUGCUAAGCCUGAUCCUAAGAAAGCAGUCCCAGCUAAGCCUACGAGUAAGAAACCUACCGAAGAUGAAGAACUUCCUGCUGAUUUGGUAGCAGGCCCAGAUAAGAAGGACCCGAAGAUGAGCUUGAAGGAUCCUAAGACUGCAACUAAACCUGAUCCCAAAGUGGCAACUAAGCCAGAUCCUAAGACCGCUGCUAAGCCUGAUCCUAAGAAAGCAGUCCCAGCUAAGCCUACGAGUAAGAAACCUACCGAAGAUGAAGAACUUCCUGCUGAUUUGGUAGCAGGCCCAGAUAAGAAGGACCCGAAGAUGAGCUUGAAGGAUCCUAAGACUGCAACUAAACCUGAUCCCAAAGUGGCAACUAAGCCAGAUCCUAAGACCGCUGCUAAGCCUGAUCCUAAGAAAGCAGUCCCAGCUAAGCCUACGAGUAAGAAACCUACCGAAGAUGAAGAACUUCCUGCUGAUUUGGUAGCAGGCCCAGAUAAGAAGGACCCGAAGAUGAGCUUGAAGGAUCCUAAGACUGCAACUAAACCUGAUCCCAAAGUGGCAACUAAGCCAGAUCCUAAGACCGCUGCUAAGCCUGAUCCUAAGAAAGCAGUCCCAGCUAAGCCUACGAGUAAGAAACCUACCGAAGAUGAAGAACUUCCUGCUGAUUUGGUAGCAGGCCCAGAUAAGAAGGACCCGAAGAUGAGCUUGAAGGAUCCUAAGACUGCAACUAAACCUGAUCCCAAAGUGGCAACUAAGCCAGAUCCUAAGACCGCUGCUAAGCCUGAUCCUAAGAAAGCAGUCCCAGCUAAGCCUACGAGUAAGAAACCUACCGAAGAUGAAGAACUUCCUGCUGAUUUGGUAGCAGGCCCAGAUAAGAAGGACCCGAAGAUGAGCUUGAAGGAUCCUAAGACUGCAACUAAACCUGAUCCCAAAGUGGCAACUAAGCCAGAUCCUAAGACCGCUGCUAAGCCUGAUCCUAAGAAAGCAGUCCCAGCUAAGCCUACGAGUAAGAAACCUACCGAAGAUGAAGAACUUCCUGCUGAUUUGGUAGCAGGCCCAGAUAAGAAGGACCCGAAGAUGAGCUUGAAGGAUCCUAAGACUGCAACUAAACCUGAUCCCAAAGUGGCAACUAAGCCAGAUCCUAAGACCGCUGCUAAGCCUGAUCCUAAGAAAGCAGUCCCAGCUAAGCCUACGAGUAAGAAACCUACCGAAGAUGAAGAACUUCCUGCUGAUUUGGUAGCAGGCCCAGAUAAGAAGGACCCGAAGAUGAGCUUGAAGGAUCCUAAGACUGCAACUAAACCUGAUCCCAAAGUGGCAACUAAGCCAGAUCCUAAGACCGCUGCUAAGCCUGAUCCUAAGAAAGCAGUCCCAGCUAAGCCUACGAGUAAGAAACCUACCGAAGAUGAAGAACUUCCUGCUGAUUUGGUAGCAGGCCCAGAUAAGAAGGACCCGAAGAUGAGCUUGAAGGAUCCUAAGACUGCAACUAAACCUGAUCCCAAAGUGGCAACUAAGCCAGAUCCUAAGACCGCUGCUAAGCCUGAUCCUAAGAAAGCAGUCCCAGCUAAGCCUACGAGUAAGAAACCUACCGAAGAUGAAGAACUUCCUGCUGAUUUGGUAGCAGGCCCAGAUAAGAAGGACCCGAAGAUGAGCUUGAAGGAUCCUAAGACCGCUGCCAAGCCUGAUCCUAAGAUUGCUGCCAAGCCCGAUCCCAAAGUUGCUGCUAAACCAGACCCUAAAGCAUCCGCUAAGCCAGAUCCUAAAACUGCAGCUAAGCCCACUAGUAAAAAGCCUAUGGAAGAUGAAGAACUUCCUGCUGACUUAGUGGGAGGACCAGAUAAAAAGGACCCGAAGAUGAGCUUGAAAGAUCCUAAGACUGCAGCUAAACCUGAUCCUAAAGCCGCUGCCAAGCCUGAUCCUAAGGUUGCAGCUAAGCCAGAUCCUAAGACCGCUGCCAAGCCUGAUCCCAAAGUUGCUGCUAAACCAGAUCCUAAAACUGCAGCUAAGCCCACCAGUAAAAAGCCUAUGGAGGAUGAAGAACUUCCUGCUGAUUUGGUAGCAGGCCCAGAUAAGAAGGACCCGAAGAUGAGCUUGAAGGAUCCUAAGACUGCAACUAAACCUGAUCCCAAAGUGGCAACUAAGCCAGAUCCUAAGACCGCUGCCAAGCCUGAUCCCAAAGUUGCUGCUAAACCAGAUCCUAAAACUGCAGCUAAGCCCACCACUAAACCUGAUCCUAAAGUGGCAACUAAGCCAGACCCUAAGACCGCUGCCAAGCCUGAUCCUAAGGUUGCAGCUAAGCCAGAUCCUAAGACCGCUGCUAAGCCCGAUCCUAAGACCGCUGCCAAGCCCGAUCCCAAAACGGUAGCUAAGCCCACUACUAAACCUGAUCCUAAAGUGGCAACUAAGCCAGAUCCUAAGACCGCUGUCAAGCCUGAUCCUAAGGUUGCAGCUAAGCCCACCAGUAAAAAGCCUAUGGAGGAUGAAGAACUUCCUGCUGAUUUGGUAGGAGGCCCAGAUAAGAAGGACCCGAAGAUGAGCUUGAAGGAUCCUAAGACUGCAACUAAACCUGAUCCCAAAGUGGCAACUAAGCCAGAUCCUAAGACCGCUGCCAAGCCUNAUGAAGAACUUCCUGCUGAUUUGGUAGCAGGCCCAGAUAAGAAGGACCCGAAAAUGAGCUUGAAGGAUCCUAAGACUGCAGCUAAACCUGAUCCUAAAGUGGCAACUAAGCCAGAUCCUAAGACCGCUGCCAAGCCUGAUCCUAAGACCGUUGCUAAGCCGGAUCCUAAGACCGCUGCCAAGCCCGAUCCUAAGACCGCUGCCAAGCCUGAUCCUAAGAAAGCAGUCCCAGCUAAGCCUACGAGUAAGAAACCUACCGAAGAUGAAGAACUUCCUGCUGACUUGGUGGGAGGACCAGACAAGAAGGACCCGAAGAUGAGCUUGAAGGAUCCUAAGACUGUAACUAAACCUGAUCCCAAAGUGGCAACUAAGCCAGACCCUAAGACCGCUGCCAAGCCUGAUCCUAAGGUUGCUGCUAAACCAGACCCUAAAGCAUCCGCUAAGCCAGAUCCUAAGACCGCUGUCAAGCCUGAUCCUAAGGUUGCAGCUAAGCCAGAUCCUAAGACCGCUGCCAAGCCUGAUCCUAAGGUUGCUGCUAAACCAGAUCCCAAAACUGCAGCUAAGCCCACCAGUAAAAAGCCUAUGGAGGAUGAAGAACUUCCUGCUGAUUUGCCGGAUCCUAAGACCGCUGCUAAGCCUGAUCCUAAGAAAGCAGUUCCAGCUAAGCCUACGAGUAAGAAACCUACCGAAGAUGAAGAACUUCCUGCUGACUUAGUGGGAGGACCAGACAAGAAGGACCCGAAGAUGAGCUUGAAGGAUCCUAAGGUUGCAGCUAAACCUGAUCCUAAGACCGCUGCCAAGCCUGAUCCUAAGGUUGCAGCUAAGCCGGAUCCUAAGACCGCUGCUAAGCCUGAUCCUAAGAAAGCAGUCCCAGCUAAGCCUACGAGUAAGAAACCUACCGAAGAUGAAGAACUUCCUGCUGACUUGGUGGGAGGACCAGACAAGAAGGACCCGAAGAUGAGCUUGAAGGAUCCUAAGGUUGCAGCUAAACCUGAUCCUAAGACCGCUGCCAAGCCUGAUCCUAAGGUUGCAGCUAAGCCGGAUCCUAAGACCGCUGCUAAGCCUGAUCCUAAGAAAGCAGUCCCAGCUAAGCCUACGAGUAAGAAACCUACCGAAGAUGAAGAACUUCCUGCUGACUUGGUGGGAGGACCAGACAAGAAGGACCCGAAGAUGAGCUUGAAGGAUCCUAAGGUUGCAGCUAAACCUGAUCCUAAGACCGCUGCCAAGCCUGAUCCUAAGGUUGCAGCUAAGCCGGAUCCUAAGACCGCUGCUAAGCCUGAUCCUAAGAAAGCAGUCCCAGCUAAGCCUACGAGUAAGAAACCUACCGAAGAUGAAGAACUUCCUGCUGACUUGGUGGGAGGACCAGACAAGAAGGACCCGAAGAUGAGCUUGAAGGAUCCUAAGACUGCAACUAAACCUGAUCCCAAAGUGGCAACUAAGCCAGAUCCUAAGACCGCUGCCAAGCCUGAUCCUAAGGUUGCAGCUAAGCCGGAUCCUAAGACCUCUGUUAAGCCUGAUCCUAAGAAAGCAGUCCCAGCUAAGCCUACGAGUAAGAAACCAACCGAAGAUGAAGAACUUCCUGCUGACUUGAUGGGAGGACCAGAUAAGAAGGAUCCGAAGAUGAGCUUGAAGGAUCCUAAGACUGCAGCUAAACCUGAUCCUAAGGUGGCAGCUAAGCCAGAUCCUAAGACCGCUGCCAAGCCUGAUCCUAAAAAAGCAGUCCCAGCUAAGCCUGCCAGUAAGAAACCUACCGAAGAUGAAGAACUGCCUGCUGACUUGGUGGGAGGACCAGACAAGAAAGACCCAAAGAUGAAUUUGAAGGAUCCCAAAAAACCAGAGAAGGCUACUCCAAAGGGUAAGGACGAUAAGCCGAAAACGAAGACUCCUCUGAAAGUAAAACCAAAUGAUGAUGAGGAUGAUGUUGAUGUUGAUGCCUCAUUUCCUUUGAAACCUAAAAGCAAUAAACCAUUGAAAAUUAAACCAGACGAUGAUGAUGAGGAACCUUGUGCUGAAGGAAGUUUCAAACUGCCGUCCAAGGAUAACGAUGAUAGUGAUAUUGACGAAGAGGAGCCUUGCGAUGAAGAAGAUGAGCCCGACGACGAUGAAGAAGAGCCUAUUGUAGAUGAAGAGGAGGCCGACGACGAAGAGGAAGAUGAGGAAGAACCAAAUGAGGAAGAAAAAGAAAACCCAGACGUAAAUGGCGAAGGUACCUACACGCCACAUUGGGUUGCUCCUGUGAAAGAGCCUGAAGAGCCGAUACCCAUGCCGCCCGUUCAAAAGACGAUCGCAGAGAUAAAUAAGGAGGAACGAAUCCCUCCAUCUAUUCGUUAUGCUAGAAAACCCAGAAAAACGCUGGUGGCCAUACCUUUUGUGAUACCAUGGGAACAAAGUGCUGCCCUGAUUACUCAAGAAGGUAUGGGAGCUUUCGGAAAGCCUCGUAGCGCUAAUGUUAAAGUAGAUAUGGGAAAAAAAGAUUUAGUACAGGGUGCUCUUGAAUCAGAGACAGUGAUACCAAUGAUGAACGAUCCUAGAAAGUGUGCAAAUAGGAAAGGAAUGCGUCCUUUCGGAGGAAACCGAUUGAAUAUCUCUCAAGUAGUAGAUUCUCAUGUUUAUCAAAACAAUGAUAACGGAGCAAGUGAAUCCAUAAUUCCUUUGAUGGCUAAAGGAUCGAAGAUUCAACAGAAAGACGAUUUUGGUAAUCUCCGUUCACAGGUUACGAGUGUGAAGUAUACUGAAAAAAUGGAUCCUGGUAUGCACAAAGAGUCUCAUGGGUUCAUUUCUAAGCAAUUUGAAUCAGCAAAGCAAACUGCUGGUAGUAAUGUAUUGGAUAGACGACGAGAUAUGGUACCUUCAUACCAGGAGCUGAGUAAGGAAGGUGAGGGUAUGAUUCCUUUGAUGUUUGAUGGAAGAGCUGUCAUGCUCAAAGAAGGAUCUGAAUUUGGAUCAUUCCGGCCGUUGAUGAUAGAAGCGUCUGGUGGAUACCCAAUGAGUUAUGAACAGGAACUUCAAUGCAAAAAAUUCAUACCUUUCCAGACAGCGCCAUCCUUAUCGACAUAG